GACACAACAAAUGCUAGUAGCGCUUUUCUAAUUGAAUUUUGCGCAAAAUUAUUCUGUGAACACUGGCUAGGGUACUACAAUCAGCCAAAUGAUGUCUAUAUUAGACUGGGUAACGCAUUUAUGCAUCUGGACCACGAGGGAAAAUACAAUGGAGGAAUUCAAAAGGAAAAAGAAGAACUUGAUCGUGAAAUCAGUCGUUUGAAGAGAAAAAAAGAACUCAUUUACGGAAUCGAUGAUUUAAAGAGAAAAAAAGAGCAACUCAAUUAUGAGCCAAUCCACUUGGAGAAUAGAAUGCUUAAUAAUAACAUUAACUUGACAGAAGAAAAUGUAUUACGAGUGGAAAAUGCAUUAGGAAGUUUAAGUAUGGGAAACGCAUAUAGAGAGAUUGAACAAAAUUUGACACAGGUGGUUCCUUAUACUGUUCGACUUAAGGUAUUCUCAUUAUCUCUUUCUAAUUUUUUUGUUCUUUCAUUAAGACACUGGAUGGUUCUGUAG